AUGAAUGAACAGGAGCAGACACGGAAAGAGGGGGGAGGAGGGGUGGAGUCUGGAGAUCUGCAGAGCGGGACGAGCACGGGAACAGUACGAAGCCGGGAGCUGAGCCGCGGGUACGAGGCCAGGAGCGGACCAGCGAGAGCAGGUCAGAGGGACCACAACGACCAGAGAAGGAGACACGCGCACCAGCCGGCACUGAAAAGCCCAUACAGUAUACGGCUAAUGGUACCCUGA